UGACGCAGAGCGCCCCGCCCCCGCCGCUAGAUCCGCUGCUGCUGCCGCGGCGGGCAGACCUGCAGGAGGCGGCGGCGGCCUCGGCCGAGAGAAGAUGGCGGACGGUGUGGACCACAUAGACAUUUACGCGGAUGUGGGCGAAGAGUUCAACCAGGAAGCUGAAUAUGGUGGGCAUGAUCAGAUAGAUUUGUAUGAUGAUGUCAUCUCUCCAUCUGCAAAUAAUGGAGAUGCCCCAGAAGACCGUGAUUACAUGGAUACUCUCCCACCAACUGUUGGUGAUGAUGUGGGUAAAGGAGCAGCACCAAAUGUUGUCUAUACGUAUACUGGAAAGAGAAUUGCAUUGUAUAUUGGAAACCUAACAUGGUGGACAACAGAUGAAGACUUAACCGAAGCAGUGCAUUCUUUGGGAGUAAAUGAUAUUUUGGAGAUAAAAUUCUUUGAAAACCGGGCAAAUGGCCAGUCAAAGGGGUUUGCCCUUGUUGGUGUUGGAUCUGAAGCAUCCUCAAAAAAGUUAAUGGAUCUGUUGCCUAAAAGAGAACUUCAUGGUCAGAAUCCUGUUGUAACUCCAUGCAAUAAACAGUUCCUGAGUCAAUUUGAAAUGCAGUCCAGGAAAACUACACAAUCAGGACAAAUGUCUGGGGAAGGUAAAGCUGGUCCUCCAGGAGGCAGUUCACGUGCAGCAUUUCCACAAGGUGGUAGAGGACGGGGCCGUUUUCCAGGGGCUGUUCCCGGUGGGGACAGAUUUCCUGGACCAGCAGGACCAGGAGGGCCACCCCCACCUUUUCCAGGAAAUUUGAUCAAGCAUCUUGUUAAAGGAACUCGGCCUUUGUUCCUGGAAACUAGGAUUCCAUGGCAUAUGGGGCACAGCAUAGAGGAAAUACCCAUUUUUGGCCUAAAAGCUGGACAGACUCCACCACGUCCGCCCUUAGGUCCUCCAGGCCCACCUGGUCCACCGGGUCCUCCACCUCCUGGUCAGGUUCUGCCUCCUCCUUUAGCUGGGCCUCCUAAUCGAGGAGAUCGCCCUCCACCACCAGUUCUUUUUCCUGGACAACCUUUUGGGCAGCCUCCAUUGGGUCCGCUUCCUCCUGGCCCUCCACCUCCAGUUCCAGGCUACGGCCCUCCUCCUGGUCCACCACCUCCACAGCAGGGACCACCUCCACCUCCAGGCCCUUUUCCACCUCGCCCACCUGGCCCUCUUGGGCCACCCCUUACACUUGCUCCUCCUCCGCAUCUUCCUGGACCACCUCCAGGUGCCCCACCACCAGCUCCACAUGUGAAUCCGGCUUUCUUUCCUCCACCGACUAACAGCGGCAUGCCUACAUCAGAUAGCCGGGGUCCACCACCAACAGAUCCAUAUGGCCGACCCCCACCAUAUGAUAGGGGUGACUAUGGGCCUCCUGGAAGGGAAAUGGAUACUGCAAGAACGCCAUUGAGUGAAGCUGAGUUUGAAGAAAUCAUGAAUAGAAAUAGGGCAAUCUCAAGCAGUGCUAUUUCAAGAGCUGUGUCUGAUGCCAGUGCUGGUGAUUAUGGGAGUGCUAUUGAGACAUUGGUAACUGCAAUUUCUUUAAUUAAACAAUCCAAAGUAUCUGCUGAUGAUCGUUGCAAAGUUCUUAUUAGCUCUUUGCAAGAUUGCCUUCAUGGAAUUGAAUCCAAGUCUUAUGGUUCUGGAUCAAGAAGACGUGAACGAUCAAGAGAGAGGGACCAUAGUAGAUCACGAGAAAAGAGUCGGCGUCAUAAAUCCCGUAGUAGAGAUCGUCAUGAUGAUUAUUAUAGAGAGAGAAGCAGAGAACGAGAGAGACAUCGGGACCGGGACCGAGAUCGGGACCGAGAACGGGACCGAGAGCGCGAGUAUCGUCAUCGUUAGAAGAAGUAUAUACCUACAUUUUAAGUGGUCCAACUACUUGUUCUGAAUUUAAUCUUCUGGAAACAUCUGAGACAAAUGACAGGUGAGUAAUGACAGGUAAAAAAAAAUUUGACCUUUUAUCCUUGAAUAUUGUAUUGCUGAGUUAAAACUUUAAGAUUAUUGAUGGUCUUUAGAAAGCAAGAAAACAAUCAAGAGGACUCAUGUCUACUUCUAAAAUCUGAAAAAAUUGGAAUUGUCUUAAUUAUAUAGAUAGUUUGCAUGUGGUUUGAAAUACAAAAUACGGGAAGUUAAUUCAUACACACGCGCGCACACACACACACACACACACACACACACAGAGUGCUUGGACUUGUAAAAGUAAAUUGAAAGUUUCCCUCCUUGAACUGACUCCCUAAAAUUUUUAAAGACAAUCUAACACUAUAAUCCUUAUAAUACAGGAGGAUGGUUUCUCAGCAUUGAAAGAGCUUUUGUACUUAAAAAAAAAUACUCUUUAGAAAAGACGCUUUUCUUGGCAUCUGGUUUUUGUUUUAAAAUAAAACAUAUCCUUUAAUUUGCAAAGAAGAUACGAAACUUAAUUAAAAUGGAUUCAGGGUACUCCAUAUCUAAGAAUUUUAAGUUGUAUCAAAUCAUGCAUCCCAGGUUAGAAUAACCUUGAAAUAAUUUUCUUUGAUGUUUCAUUCAUAAACCAUAAUCAUGUGUCUUUUUUUCUGUAUUUUAAAACUAUUUCUUGUGUACAUUUUUCAUAAAGCGGGAAGUUGUCUGUUUAUACUUCAUUUUCACGUGUUUUUAUUUUUAUAUUUGUGAACAGCAUUUAUUCAUGUGAAAAGUAGGGGGAGGGCACUGUGAGGCUUGUGCAUGUGACACAAAGGAUAUUCUGUAAACAAAUAAUUUUUCUUUAUAUGUUGGUGGUAUAUCCAAAUUAAAUUAGGCUUAAACAAAUCCCUUACAGGUAACUACUCUUUACAUAAUUAUUUUCCAUAAUCAUGGGAAACCCUGAAGAUUUAGUCAUGGUAAUUGUUAUUAUUUAAGUUGUUACGGGCAAAAGCAAAGACUUAUCAAGUGAAUGUAAUUUUGUGGCAGAAUAGCAGUUUCUUUAACUAUAAUAAGAGAUAUAUCUUAGCAAAUGAGAUCCUUUUUGAAUAAUACUAUUUAUAAAAUAAACAUGUAAGUCUUAUUUUUAUGGUACAUUAGUUAUUACAUUUUCACAGUUUUAUGGGCUAUUUGAAGUGAAAGGCCAUUUUUAAUACUUCCCUAGCAUUUUGAACAUGCAUCUUAAAUAUUUAUCAAAACUUGAAUUUUAAAAUAAUUUUCCAUGUAUUGUAUUAUAGAACUUAAUAUAAAUCCCAAAACAUUUAGUAUGAAGCAAAACAUCUCUCACUUUAAAAUGAGCUCAUUGAAAUUAAUACUGCUUUUGGAUGUAAGGGUUAAUUAAAUGUUCUGUCAUGUAAAUCUAAACACUAAAUUUUAAAGAUGUAGUUUUUUCCCCUUUGGGUUGAAUAAAUCUUAAUCCCAUUUUAGGAAAAAAUUCUCAGUAUCCAUCAGUUGCUUAAGGUGAAUUUUAGCCAACUUACUUGAAAUGCUUAGCUGUAUCAGCCAUUUCAUUUAUGGUAAAGUACAGGUUCUAUGAGUUAUAUCUUUAUUUAGACUUUGCCAGUUAUCAGCAAGCUUCUAAUUAUUGAGGGCAUGAUAAUGAAACUUCCAUACAUUUUUAAACAUCUCCAAGAUUGGAUGUGCCCAUCAAGGAGCUUCUGAACCAGAUUAUACCCAAUGUUAAUGAUUUUUCUUCCUGGUUUCAGUUAAACUAGCAGAGUCAGCCAGGUAAACUCCUUGAAAAGUCCACUGUUAAUUUUAAUACUUUGAAUUAACUAACAUUACAUUCUAGUAAUGGGUACACCUAACUAUAUCAUGGCUUGAGUUUCAUUACAUUCAGACAUUAACUAUGAAUUCCUAACUUGAAAACUAUGGUUGACAUUUUUUCCUAAUCACUGAUGUGUACCAUAUCAAAAUUCCCAUGUUUUGUUUGUACAUUAAUCAAAAUUGAGUUGUAAUAUUGUUAUGUGCCUUCAUCCAAGCAAAAUUUUACAUAAGCAUUUCUAGGGCAAAAAAUUCUGUUAUCCUGGAAUAUUGUACCUUUGCUAUACCAAACAAUAUUUAUUACGGAUGUAGAUGUGAAUUUAUAGGGUUGGGGACUAGGAUUAAAUAUUUUCAAGUGAAAACUUCUAAACAAACAAGAAAACUAUCUGCACAUUUAAUUAUUAUCAUAAUAGGGUCUGUUGACCUUUUUAGAAGUUUUUAAAUAUGAGUCCUUUUGAGCUUUCAUGUAAAUCUUAAAUGGACUAAAUGGAGUACAAGUAACUUGGAAGCUAACUUGAAUGUCAGUAAGCGUGUAUAUAAAUAAAACAAUAAUGUAAUUUAUUAUUAAAAUGAUGAAUGGCUAAAAGGGCAAGUUCUUAAUUUAACUGGAAACUUAAUGAUGUCGGCAAGCUGUUAAUGUCUGUCCCAUCUUAAUUUUUUUUGUGUUUGAACUGUUGGUAAUGUUAAUUGCAUUCUCUCAUUUAAAAUAUGUAUUAAUUUUUCUAAAAGCAUUCAGUAUCAAGUUCAAAUAGGUAAUAUUUUAAUGGGAAUAUCAGUAUUGUAAAUUUUCAAUAUGUAAAUACCUUGUAUUUCAUAUUCUGUAAUUUCUGCCUCUAUUCUCAGACCACUCUGAGCAAAACAAAAGUAGUUCAGUGUUUUAAAAUUGUACACUUUUUACAGAAAUAAUUUUCACAGUUAUUUUCUUUUAGAUUGCAUUCCUCUUAUUGUUUGGAAUAAUGCCACACAGCAAAUUUCUGUUAAUGAUUCAGGGGUGGUUUUUUUUGUGUGUACAAAAAAUGAAUCCAAAUUAUUUUUUAAUAUACUCUUUAUUCAUGCUUUUUCUCUCCCUGAAAUGAGGUUUUACAUAUUUUCAAAUCAUUGUCCAUUUCUUUGAUAAAAUUUUAAGCAUCUUGUGUGGAAAAAGGAUUAAAUAACUACACUUUGUUGUAAGACUUAAUCAUAGAUACCAUAAUCUCAGGUUGUGUUGUUAUUGCACAAGAUUUAGGGUGGUUUGGAUUCUUAGUUUAUAGUUUUUCAUUAAUUUAGGAAAAACAAAAAAAGCCAAAAGAAUAAAAAGGUUUUUUUAUAUGCUAAGGUGUUGAGCUCUUUAAGAUUUAGUGUUACUUUGAGGCCAAUGUGAAAAUUAAGUUCUCUUAACCAUCUAAUGAAUGAUACUGGUGGUAAUGAUACUUAAAAAUUAUUUCUGCAACUCUUAGGUCAUCUGAGAUCUGCCUAAUAUUAUCCAACCUUGUGUUUGUGUUCUCCCAUAUGUCCUAACUGCUGUGCUUCAUCUGGAUAUGCUAGUUUUCACUUCUUUUGCUCCAGGUUUUCUUGCUUUUAAUAUUUGUAAAACCUUACUACACAGCUAUCUUAACUGAAGUGACAGGAGGGUAGGAAGUAAUCCCGAGAAUGGAUGUAUAGUGUGUUUUUUGCUCACUGUGGUUUAAGAAUGGGUUUUGUUUACAAUGAUUAAUGUUCCCUGUUAAAAGAAAAUUCAGUGCCAAUGUGAGUCACCUUGCUCUCACCUUCAUCUCAGUGUGAAAUUUACUACCAUUGUUUUAGUUUGUAAAUUAGAUCACUUUGAAUUAAGUAAUGUUUUGAAUGAAUAUUUAGUUAGCAUUGUUUUAAAGAAAACCUAAUAACCGAAAAGGGGUAAGUGUGCCAUAUAUGCUAUGCAUAUUUACUAAUUUGCCUUCUGUGGUAGGGUGUUGGAAUCCUCACAGGAAAUUCUCAAUCACAUAAGUAGCUUAUUUUGAAAUGUCCAUUUUGUGAAAUUUGGAGGACAAAGAUGAGUUUUCCUUGACUGUGGUGAGGUUUAUUUCUAAAGUGAACUGCCCUAGAGCAACAAUCUUGUAUCUGUUUUAUAAUAUAAUGAAAGACUUUAGUUAAAAUGAAGUAAGGUAAGUACUGUGACCACAGGUAGAAAGAAGGAAAUUUACCAAAUGUUGUAGUAGGAAGGGAAGUUUUGUAAAUACCUACAAUAAACAGAAUUUUCAUGUACUAUGUUUUAGCCAUCGCAAGAAGGAAUUUUGAUUUAUAAGAGUUGACUUAUAUUCAGAAUCUUCUAUUUCUUUUGCCCGCUCCAUCCCCAUUCCUCUCAUUAAGGAGAAAUUUUCAGAAAAGAGAAACGUGAAUUUUAUUUCACUGAGUUAAUAGAAGCACAUCUCUAAAAGUAUAUUGGAAUUUUUUUCAAUUCAAUAUUCACUUCUUUUAAUUGAUUAUUAAUGUGAAAGCCUGUGAAAGAGCCAUAUCCGAUACAUACUUGAAUCUUACUAGAAAGGUGAAUUGGCCAUGAGCAUAGAAAUACUGAUGCUAACAAAUUUACUUAGAUGAGUUUUAACAGAAAUGCUCAUAAUUUGAGCUGUUAGUAUUGGCUUGAUCUUACAUUAUCUCAAAAUACAGGUGCUUCUCUGUAUUGAAAUUUUACUUAGUGCUUACUUUAGAGACUUCACUGGAGAGCUGUAGAUUACAUUUGUCUUAGUUUUUUAACAGGUGUCUACAUAGAUCUUCCUUUUAUAAUUGAUAGCUAAAACUGUGUGACUUUGACAUUAACAUAUUUGACUAAAUGGUAUUCUGAAAACAUGAGCAUUGAAUGUAUUUGUCACUUUUAAGCUUUUUUGAUAUCUUUGUUUAUGUAGAUGUCUAACUAGAAAUUUGAGAGUUCCUAUGGGAUUGGAUUAUUGGAAAUGGGUUGUAUUGCCUUCAAAUUUGCUUCCGUUUGAGAUUGUAAAAUUUGUAUUUCCAAAUGGAUAAAUGUAAAGUGUUUAGAAAGAGAAAUAAAAACUGUCAGACUACCCCCAGAGUUUAUGUCUGUAUGGUAAAAAUGAGAGAAUUUUAAUAGUAAAGAUAUAUGAAGUAUAUUCAAGCAAAAGAUGAGUGUAUUUGUCCUGCAAAAAAGAUGUGUGUUACAAUUUCACAAACAGGAUUCUCUGCAGAAAAAGUAGUAAAAUUCUCCUUUGUGGAGUGAUGAAUAAGAGUAAGUUGCAGUGUAUGCCACAUGUUUUUUGGAAGGAAUGGGUAUUUUUUGUUCACUGUGACUUUACUUUUUCCCUCUUUAAUGACCGAUCUCUCUCUCUCGCAUCACGACAAAAAGGUUAGGGAGAUAACAUACUUUUUGCAGUAAGAUUUAUUAAUUUCCCAGCAUCUUUUGUGGUUAGAACAUAUUCCUUAUCUGUCUUUAAUACCAGUUUUUAAAAAUACAUUGCAAAGAACAAAAAUAAAACUUGUGAAAGCUGCCUUUCUAGAUUUUUUCCCAUGAAAUAAUUCCACCUAAAGCUUCAUCAACAUAAGAUAAAAGUACAACAAAAGGUAACAUUAGAAAUGGCUUAAGUAUCUCAUUUAAAAAUACGGGGAAUAGAAACUAUUUAAAAGAGAAAGUUCAGGAUUAAAACAUCUGGGGUUUUUGUUUUUAGUUUUCUUUUGCACUUGUAAAAUUUAGGUUUUUACUGCUAGGCAGUGUGAGUGCAUAUGUGUAUUGAUGCUCUGAAGAUGCUUACAGCCUAGUUGGGGAGGAAAGGACAUAAAAUAUGACAUUUGUAGAUGUGACAGAAUAUUAAUUACUCUUAAUUAUAAAGCAAAGUACUUUCCAAUUUUAUGGCAAGCAUAUCACUAAAUAUUGUGCCCUUUACUUCUUACUACAUCAUCUUAUUAAAAUGCUCUCUUGGAACUUACAUUUUAAAUAUCUGGUGUUUCAGUGAUGACUUACAUGCAAGUUAAUUGAAUGUUUCUUUUGUGAACCUCUACCUGAAGUUUGCAUAUUUUUGUAUUCUUGAAAUUUUAGUUUACCAAAUUGAUUGGGUUUUUUUCGUUGUGUGAGUUUUCAAUGAAAUUUAUCAUUGUAGAUUCUUUUUUAGCUUGUUUUUGGUUAGCUUAUAUACCACAUUAGUUAUUUCAAUAUAGGUGGAAUAGAGUGAAAGUAAAGUAAAUGUUUUAAAUUUGUAUUACGUCUAAAGAUUUGUACGUGGAUGUCAUAUUUAUUUAAAUGUGCAUACUGAGCUAUAUAUAAAUUUUAUUUAUAAAUUUUGUAACAUGAAACAGUUUGAUUUAUAACAUUUGCAGAAGUUCCUGUAUGCUGUCAAAUAAAUACAACUAAUUUGUAAAAUAAUUGCAUUUUAUAUUCAGUUCACAUUUAAUUGUUAAUGAGUUCUUUAGAAUUGGUAUGUGGGUGAAUGAAAAAUAUUUACAUUAAAAUCAUUCAAGCAUUUUUCCAUUUAUUUUUGUAGUAUGCAUACUUUAGAAAAUGACUUAUAAAUGUUUCCAUCAUCACAGAAACAGCAGCUGCUAUAUUUUCAUUUUUGCUUGUCACUAAAUUAAUAAGGCAGUAAUAACUAAGAAGCAUGGAAUCAGAAUGUCUCAAUUUUAAUCAGCACAUAAAUUGGGAGCAUUUCUCCACCAUAAAGGCAGCUACUGUUUCAGUUAAUGCUUCUUGUGUUAGAAUACGUAACAGUGAAGUAGAUGCACGACUUGUGUAUGUAUAGUUAAGCCAGCGUUUUUCUGUGUAUUAUGGGGAAUAGCAAAAUCUACAUCACAAAUUUUGACACAUUACAGCUGAAGGAAGAGGAACACCUUCCAAGACAAAACAGUCUUCAUGGGGGAAAAAAUGACGCUUGUCCAGCAGUUUGCUUCUUGUGAUUGAACUGAACCUGUAAGGAUUCAUGGAUAAAAUGAACAGGAAUAGAUCUGAAUAAAGCAAAUCUGCAUAAAUGGUAACCAGUAGCUCUACUUUUAUUUUUUAUGUUGCUUAACUGUUUUAUUUGAAGGAAACCUGUGUGAUUUAAAAAGUUAUAGCUUUUGCAACUUUAUUACUGGUUAUAUACAUUUGGCCAUUAUAAUGUGCAAGCAAUUGGAAAAAAAACGUCAAGUAAAUGCUUGUUUUUAUAGUAGUUUGUUCUUGUUAAAAAUGUUCAUAUGAUAAUGUCUGUAAACAGCACCACUUUGAUUACAAUAGAUGUAGUGUUGUAAUAAACUGUUUAAUGGGGCUGAUGUGUAAAGCUGUUCAAGUUAUUUGAUGUUUACACCUCAGGGAAAGUCUUGUGUUCAGCAAUAUCUAAAGAUAAUGUUACUAUGACAUUUAUACUGUCCUUUAAAAAAGCAUUGCAAUAGCGUUUUUGGAUAUGCACCAAUCUAAUCUUGCGUUCAGUGAAUUAAACAUACUAAUUAAGUGUC